CGUUCGUUUUCGUUCACGAGUUCACGUUCACGUUUCACAACACCACAGAUACAUGCUGAGCGCAUUUAUAAACAAAGGUUGUCGACGCCGAAUAUGAGUAAGGUCGACCUGCAGGGCAUUCGACAGGUCGUGUGCUCAUACUUGCGACGGCGCAACUACACGUCGGCCCAUGAAGAAGGGACCUUCGAAGUUAGUGCUGAAGUCAGCGUCGAUGAGAUGGUGAAACGAGCCGAAUUGUCGGCCCGACUUAGUCAGAGCCACGUUCUUACAGUUAACAACGCGCCUCCUGACCUUGCUGCUUACGACCAGCAGUUUUCCAGAUUUAAAAAUUGGGUUAGCAAAUUGUCAGAUGACAGAGCAAGGACGGAGCUCGGUCAACUGCUGCCGUUAGUUUUGAGCCACAUGUACCUGGAUCUCGUUGGCGCCUCCUCAGGGAGCAGAGUCAACAACUACAAAUUCCUCAAAAGACACUACACAGGGAACAUUUCAAACAGCAAUCUCAUCGAAGACCUAUUAGCUCUCGGCACGUGUUCAGAUCUACUAGGUAGACCCUCUGUGGAGCUGUUCAGGAGUGAAAAGAGUGAGGUUAGUUUAGCAAGAGAAACGCUCAACCAGCUCAGGGCUUAUCUCAUAUCCUGCGAAUCGGCUCAAUUGCUUCAAGUAAUUGGUCAGUGGAUUUGCCUGCCAGACCCCUCAAUCAGCGGAAUGACAGCGGAAGUUGACUCCGACAACGAGGAAGGCAAUAUGUCAAAACAAAAUUCUGAAACCCUCCCUGAGCCACCAGAAGAAGCGAACGCUGCCAAGGACUUGGCUGCUGCUCUCGCCACGGUCAAGGAGUCCCCUGUUCAACCAAUGCCCAUGCAAGCUUUCUUUGUUGCCAACUCUCAAACAAAUCCUGUUGCAUGCGCAUCUUUGGACGACGAUGCCUCUGUUGUCGCUGCGGGACUUGAAAGCGGUCUUUGUGAAGUUUGGAGCCUAACGCCAGACACUCUGGCCACUGGAAAUUCGCAUCAGACACUAAUCGGCCACUGUGGACCGGUUCGCGCACUCGCUUGGUACCUGGACAGGGCAUUGUUAUCUUCCUCUGUUGACCACACAAUCAGGCUCUGGCCGAACGAUACGCUAAACUGCAAGGCAGUUUACAGAGGGCACAAUGGCGUGGUGCAUGCGCUGAGCAUCUGCCGACAAAACCUCUACUUCAGCAGUGCCUCCGAUGACUUGACCCUGAAACUGUGGUCGCCAGAGUGCUGCCAUCCCAUCAGAACGUUUGUCGGGCACAUGAGGGCGCCGACUGCCUUGCAGUUUCACAGUAACGGCCUUUACUUGGCCAGUGGCGGGCAAGACAACACUGUCAGAAUGUGGGACGUCAGCGUUGGCAAACCUGUCCGACUUCUCAUCGGCCACGAAGGCACCGUUAGGUCGGUGGCCUUCCACCCUGAUGGUCGGACGCUGGUUACUGCUGGCAAUGACUUGCAGGUGCGUCUAUGGGACGUAGGUGAAGGACUGUGUCGAGCCCAACUGAACUUCGGUCCAGGAGGAGCAUCUCACUUGGCGUGGAGCAAGGAUGGACGUUGCCUGGCAGCCGCCUCGUCGAGCGGCCUUGUGAAAGUUUGGGACCUGGGUCUAGGGGAGGCUGUGUUAGUGAACUCGACGCGCCUGCAGACAACUGCUCUCUUGCACAUAAGGUACCGUCUCAAUCAUUCGCUGUACGUGGUUGGUGCUAUUCCGUGAGACUAGACUCGAUUGAAAACCGUUAGUGGCAUUAUUUAUUACCAGAAGAAGAUACUUAAAAACUGCAAUCGAUUCAUGUGAUAGCUCAGCGGUUUGGCGUUUUGUAAUGUACCUUUUUUAACAAGUCAGCGAAAUAAAAGUCAAUUUUGCUGCAA